AUGAUAACAGUACGGGACAAUGAGGAGGCCUACAAUCGCCACAAGAUCAGACCUCGGGUCCUCAGAGAUGUGUCCAACAUUGACACAACCACCACAAUCUUCGGCGCGAAGAUCCUACAGCGGGCGGAGCAGGCAGGAUACAAGGCCGUGAUGAUGACUGUGGACGCGCCGAUGCUUGGUCGUCGCCUGAACGAGUACAGGAACGCAUUUGGCCUGCCCGAAGGAAUGGGGUAUCCCAACGUUGCCCCAGGAAUGGACAUGAGAAACCUCGUCGAUCAAGGUCUUGACUUGACAUAUGAGGACGGCAUGAAUUGGGAGCAGGCCCUCGGCUGGAUAAGGGAGAACACCAAGCUGGAUGUAUGGCUCAAAGGAGUCUACACCGCCGAGGACGUUGCACUGGCCAUCGAGCAUGGUGUUGACGGUGUGCUCAUUUCGAACCAUGGCGGUCGACAACUUGAUGGCGUUCCAGCUACUCUCGAGCCCUGA